CAAAAACAUAUUUUUAUCUGUUUAGCAAAACUCUAAAGGCAAUUAAAAGACGGUUGAAUACUGCUGUUUUAUCAGCGACUCGCAGCACUCUACUGUGUGGUGGGCAAGUCAUAAAAUGAAAACAUAAUUAAUCGUGUAUUUAUAUGUCGUAAAAAACAAAAUUAUGGCAGCAGGCUGUGUUAGGAAAGUACUUUAUGCAGUCCAAAUGGUGAAUGGGGGCAGUCCAGGCUCCUGGACGCCAACAUUAAGGGCUCUUGGGAGGAGCAAAAAGAGCAGCAUCUUUGCUAACCAUUGGAGAUGGUCACCCUUCUGCACAGAGGUGGAUAACUUGAACCCAACUCCUGCAGUAAAGAAAAAAAAGGAUCCUCAUGCUCGUACAACGAUCACCAGCGUAGGCCGAAAAAUCUCAGAGCGACAAAUCCAAGUAAUUAGUGAGACCGGAGACAACUUGGGUGUCCUCCACCGUGCGGAUGUGCUCAGAAUCAUGGAUGAGAAGGGUCUCAAACUGGUGCUGCUCAGUGAACGACAGGAGCCCCCAGUCUAUCGCCUGAUGAGUGGGAAACAAAUCCAUGAAGAACAAAUGAAAAUGUGGGAGAAACAGAAAGCAAAAACAGCUCCCGUGCAGGUCAAAGAGCUUACCUUUUCAUCUGGCAUCGCGGCUCACGACCUGACCGUCAAAUUGAAGCAAGUAGAAAGCUGGUUGGAGAAAAAGCACCACGUUAGGAUUACGUUGCGCUCGCCACGCAGAGAGUCUUCCAACAAUCUGGAUCAAAACUUAGAGCAGAUCGUGCAACGAAUAGAUGCGAUGGUGGGAUUUGUCGCCAAGCCAAAAGUCAUACGUGAGGGUCAAGCGGCCAUGUGCAUACUUCGGCCACCUUCAGCUAAGGAACUGUCCAAAAGAGACAAAGUACAAACUUCAUUGGCGCAGACUGCCAACGCACAGGCUGCCCAGGAUGAAACAUCACCCUCGGACACACAAGAACACGCUUCAACAAUGAUCAACGAGAAAUAAACUAUAAUUGGUCGUUCAAUCUCUUUAACUCCUCCUGUAAGGUGGCAAGGAACAUCGUACUCAAUCUCAUCGUGGCGUGACGGGCUAAGGAACAUGGUCCCGUCCACCAGCGGAAACUGUUCAAACACUGGCAACGCCCGGUGGCAUAGUGCACAGUUGACCAUAUUUCUCUGGCUUGCACUGAGUGUGGACAGGAUGAACCUAAAAGAACAUAGUGAGUAAAUGUCACAAAGAUUCGAAACUUUGAUGUGAUUUUCUUCUUUGCGGUCACUCGAAAUAAGUAGUCAAAAGAAUCCAUCGAUCUUGACGAUCUAAUUUAAAGAGAAUGAUGGGAGCUGUUUCGAAUCUAGUCGAGUGUGCUCACUCCCACAACGGCGCACUUGCCUAUUA